AUGCCUUUCACAGUACUCUCAGACGCCAACGUCAACCACAUCCUCGAUACGUUAACGUCAUCUGAUGUGGCAGACCUUGCAAAAGCUCUCGAGCAAGCCCUCGUUCAAUACUCAUGCAACAAUGAACAGCAAUACCAGCCUCACCGUGCAGUCGUCAACCGAGAUGGCCAAGUCAGCUUGUUCAUGCCCGGGACCACCGACCAAUUGAUCGGCGUGAAGAUCGUCGGUGUCACCCCAAGCGAAAAGCUCAAGCCUUCCGAAGCAGGUCUCAAGAGUGUCUUGACUCUGUGCGACACUAGAGGUCAAGCCAUCGGAACGCUCAAUGCGGCUGCUCUCACCGCGUUCCGAACUGCGCUGGGUUCAAUGUUGCCGUAUCGAUUCAGGCGUAACACAGAGAAUAUCGUCGUCUUCGGUGCGGGGAAGCAAGCUCUAUGGCAUGUUCGUUUGGCACUUCUGUUGAAGGAGAAGGAUAUCAAGUCUGUGACCAUUGUCAACCGUUCUGCGGAGAGGACCCAGCAGAUGAUAUACUCGCUCAAGUCAAAUGAUCAAUCACCAUGGCCAUCGCAUAUUAGCCUUCAGGCCUUUGACCCCAAAAAUGACCGCGACGCCUCUUUGGAGGCUCUGGUCGUCGAUGCAGACGUCUUGUUCUUUACAACACCAAGCACGGAACCUCUCUUCCCAGCAUCAUAUCUCACUUUCCGAGAAGGCUCUGAGCAAGACCAGAUAUCUCGCGGCAAUUGGUUCUUACCGCCUUGA